AGCAAAUAUAUAAAUCUAAUCUAAUAAGUGUAAAAUUGAAUUAAAAUCAUGUCACCGACUCGUGCGGCCGGUUUAGUUAUCUUCAGAAAUAUAAAUCAAGCGGUACAGUUCCUUUUAUUACAAACAUCUUAUGGACAACACCACUGGACUCCUCCAAAAGGUCAUGUUGAUCCAGGUGAAUCUGAUUGGAUUACUGCGUUAAGGGAGACAAAAGAAGAAGCAGGUUUAUCAGAAAACGAACUAUUAGUGUAUAAGGAUAUUUCAAAGACGCUUAACUACCAAGUAAAGGGAAAACCUAAAGUAGUUGUGUAUUGGUUGGCCAAGUUAAAAAAUCCAGAACAACAGGUGACUCUCUCAGAUGAACACCAGCAACUGAAGUGGCUACCGCUGGAACAAGCCCAAGAGAUAUCCGGAUUUGAAGACAUGAAACAACUUCUUGCAGAAUUCAAUGAACAUGCUAAGAAAUUACUGUAAAAUAUUUGUUGAAUAUAUUUUUCAUAAUGUCAAUUCAUUGUUUCAAAAUUGUAUAUUAAGUAUAUUAUCAUUUGGUAGACAGCAGUAUACCUAUAGUAGAAAAUACAUAUUAUUGUGUGUGUAUUAUUAUUUCAUCAUUAGCAUGAUUAGUUUAUACAGGUCAUAGGGCUUACCUCCAACAUCAAAAAUCGAAAAAAGUCUAUUCUAUACUCUGCGGACUCUGCCAGUCUGAAUAUGCGAGAGUGAUAGGGGCAGAUAACGAUUUUUUUGAUGUUGGCGGUAGUUGUAUCAAGAAAAGCAAAUACCAUCAAAAACAUUACAUGUAAAAAGAUGCAAGUCUCGCAAUGCAAUAAAAUUAUUCUACUACAAAAAAGUUUUGAGAUGUUAUGUGAAACCAAGUCGGUUAUUUUAGUCAGUGCCAGGGGGUAUUAAACCGUAUCAAUAAGAUAUCUUUAAUUUUUAAUACGUAUAAUGAAUAUAUUUGAGAUUCUUAAAAUGAGCUCUUUUAUUUGAUAUGUAACACGAUAUAAUUUAUAAAACAUUUUUUUUUCUCUUUUACCCCCCAAAAGUGGCCUCCAUGUUUAAAAUUUAUUUGUUUACGUAAGAUGUUCGUUGUUGAGUCACGAAUUUACAUAUGUGUACCAAAUUUCAGCUUAAUUGGCUCAGUACUUUUGGAGAAAAUGGGCUGUGACAGACGGACAGACAGAAGCACGAGCAAAGAAUAUAAUA